UGAGGAAAAAUGGAACAGAUGAGGUGGGGGGGGGAGAGAGAGAGAGAGAGAAAAGUUCCGCUGCAAAACUUUUAAAACAUUUCGACGAAAGAAAGCGGUCGGUGAAAGGGCGCUUGUUCCUUCCCGUUCCCCCGCCUCCAGCGCGCGACUCCCCCGCAGGCGGCGCUUCCUUCGCUUAGAAAACAACCCGGCCUGCCGGCCGCCCCCUCCCCAUGCGAGCGACUGUGUAUGUAUGUAAAUAAGGCGGGUGGGAAUCAGGGGCGCGGGCGCUGCAACCACCGAGCCCGCCUCCUCCUCCUCCUCCUCCUCCUCUUUUCCCACAAACUCAGGCGGCGGUUCCUCAAGCGACAAGCAAGCGGGAGCAGCUCGGCGUGUAGCAUCCGCGCAGUCACACGUGUUGGCCUGGCGAAGCAUGGAAUUCGAGGAGCUGGGCAUCGGGGAAGAAUGCGGCGUCUUCGGCUGCCUGGCCGCCGGCUUGUGGCCCACCGAACUGGAUGUGCCCCAUGUGAUCACGCUGGGGCUGGUGGGGUUGCAGCACAGAGGCCAAGAGAGUGCGGGAAUUGUGACAAGUGAUGGAGAAUCAGCCCAUUCUUUCAAAGUGCACAAGGGAAUGGGUCUUGUGAAUCACGUAUUCAGCGAAGAUAGUCUGAAGAAGCUCUACGUUUCAAAUCUUGGAAUCGGCCAUACAAGAUACUCUACCUCUGGGGUGUCUGUCCUUGAUAAUUGUCAACCGUUCGUGGUGGAAACUUUGCACGGGAAGAUUGCGGUUGCCCACAAUGGAGAGCUAACGAAUGCAAUGCGACUGAGGAGAAAGCUAAUGCGUCAUGGAGUGGGACUGUCUACCAGUUCUGAUAGCGAACUGAUCACUCAACUGUUGGCAUUCACCCCUCCUUUAGAGCAAGACGAUACACCAGACUGGGUGGCAAGGAUUAAAAAUUUGAUGAAUGAAACACCCACUUCAUAUUCACUUCUGAUGAUGCAUAAAGACAUUAUUUAUGCGGUUCGUGAUCCCUAUGGGAACCGUCCUCUCUGUAUUGGCCGCCUUGUUCCAGUAGGUGAUAUCAAUGGAAAAGGGAAAAAUAAUGCUGCAACUGAAGGCUGGGUAGUAUCUUCAGAAUCCUGCAGCUUUUUAUCUAUUGGUGCAGAAUACUAUCGAGAAGUCAUGCCUGGAGAGAUUGUGAAAAUAUCCAGAUACGAUGUCCAAACUUUAGAUAUUGUACCGAGACCUCAAGGAGAUCCAGCAGCAUUCUGCAUUUUUGAAUACGUGUACUUUGCGAGGCCAGAUAGCAUCUUUGAAGGUCAGAUGGUAUAUUCUGUAAGAAGGAGAUGCGGUCAACAGCUUGCUAUUGAAGCCCCAGUGGAAGCAGAUUUGGUUAGCACAGUUCCAGAGUCUGCAACUCCUGCAGCCCUUGGCUAUGCGCAGAAGUGCGGCUUACCGUACAUUGAAGUGCUUUGCAAAAACAGAUAUGUAGGAAGAACUUUCAUCCAGCCAAACAUGAGGUUAAGACAGCUGGGAGUGGCCAAAAAAUUUGGAGUCUUGUCGGACAACUUCAGGGGAAAGCGGGUUGUCCUUAUUGAUGAUUCGAUUGUGCGAGGCAACACUAUUUCCCCAAUAAUUAAACUAUUGAGAGAAUCUGGUGCUAAGGAGGUGCACAUCCGUGUGGCUUCACCUCCAAUAAAAUUUCCAUGUUACAUGGGAAUAAACAUUCCAACAAAAGAAGAACUUAUUGCAAACAAGCCUGAAUUUAAAGACCUAGCAGGGUACAUAGGAGCUGACAGCGUUGUUUACCUCUCAGUAGAAGGAUUGGUUUCGUCUGUUCAAGAAAGCAUAAAAGCAAGACAAGACCAUGAAAAUAACCUAAAAACGAACAAGUUCAAAAGCGGGAAAAUCGGCCAUUGUACAGCUUGCCUGGUUGGAGUAUAUCCAGUAGAGCUAGAGUGGUGAAUUUUGUGAAUGUUAUCACCAAAGGCUUAAAGUUUGGAACUGAUGAAAUGUUGAGUUGCUGCUAAGCAAGUAAUCAAACCACUCACGUUUGCUUAAACCUUAUUUGGAGAGGAUAAAAAAGGAGCAAAAAAAAAGAAUAAAUUUUAAAACAAUCAUGCAAUAGUGCUAUAGUAGGGGCAGUGUUGGGAGGGGAGUGGUGAAUGGGUAAAAGACCUGGCAAAAAUCUCUUUGAUUCCAUAGGUGGCCUAAUCUUGCCAAGAAACUUUGAAGGAGAUCUUCUAAGGCUUUCACUCACAAUAAUGUGUGUUUCUUACAAUUACAUUGUGAGAGGUUGUGAGCCAUUAAGCCAUCUCACAUUUUAAGCUGUGUUCAAUCGUUUCUUUUUUUUUAAAAAAAAUGUGAAUUUGAUCUUAAAUCAACAAACAGAUCUUUUUAAGUUUCACUACUUUUGUCACUGGUUAUCCGGCAAUAUGGGUUCCCUCGUCUGUAUAGAUGGAGUGUACUUUUUUAAAGCUGCAACUUUGAGCUAUAAUCUCCUACCAAAGACUGAAUAUUAUUUUUAUAUAGUGCUUGGCUGAGACAAGGAGCCUCAGGGAACUGCUAAACAAAUAGCAUCUAAUACCUUCAGCCUUAAUUUUUUUUUUUAAAGUCUGGGAAAUAUACCUUAUAAAAGUUGCUUAUUAAAGAGGUGUGCCAGGAAAAAAAUCACUGGUUGAUCAUCACUAGACAUAAGGGCUAAUUUUCCUCAGUAUCUUCUUUCAGUUUCAAUGCUUAAAUGUUGACUUCUUUUGCUGCAACUACCAUGUUUCCCUGAAAAUAAGACCCUGCCUUAUUUUUUUUGAACCCCAAAAUAAGCGCUUGGCCUUAUUUUUGGGGAGGUCUUAUUAUUUUGGGGUGCAUGGAGCAAAAUGAGGCUCCUCUUGCCAUCUUACCUGAUUUACAACCCUGCGUUUAAAUAUUUUCGGGGAGAGCUUAUUUUCGGGGGGAGGCUUAUUUUAGCGCAGGCUUAUUAUCAGGGGAUGUCUUAUUUUCGGGGAAACAGGGUAGCCUUCAAAGAAGACUCCAAACACUGAAAAAUUAACGCACAACUUUAUUUCAAUUAUAUUAACAAAUUUAAUGAUAAUUUAAUAUAUAUUGCUCUGUCAAUUAUUUUCAUUUUAAAUAUAAAAAUUCAUUUUAUUCAUUCAGAUUAUUAUUCUAUUUAAUAAUAGUUAAUUCAUUCAUUAUUUGGAAUGAAAGCCAAUUCAUUUAUAUAAUUCAGAUGACACUUCAGAUUUCAAGUAGAAAAUAAGUUUGUUCCUACUCCAAAGUCCUAACCUCUAAAUCAGAGGUCUCCAACCUUGGCAACUUGAAGACUUGUGGACUUCAACUCCCAGAAUCCCUCAGCCAGCAAAGCUGGCUGAGGAAUUCUGGGAGUUGAAGUCCACAAGUCUUCAAGUUGCCAAGGUUGGAGACCCCUGCUCUAAAUAACCUAACAAAGGGAUUUGGUGCCUGAUCAGAGGUACUUUCCAAACUUUAUAAAAGUUUCUUUCCAAAAGUAUCUUUUGUUAGGAAAAAACUCAGUCUGACACUCAAGGUCCAGCUACCAGAGAUAUGAUUCAUACCAGGCUACUGUUUUUUUUUUGACAUGAAGGACUUCUUGCUAUGCUUAGUCUUUUGAAAAGAUAAACAUAAAAGACCAGUAGCAAAUGUUGGGCUACCUCUUAUCACCCUGCUUUGUAGAGUCACUAACAUCUGAACAGUCUUCCUGCAUGGGAAUAAAAGAGCAUCAUUUCCAAAUAUCAAUUUCCACACAUUUUUGGGUCAUGUUUGUCCGCACAAAAAAUAACUCCCAAGUGUUUUCUGUAUAACUGACGAAAGACUUAACAACUAUUCUGUAGGACUGUCACGCAGUCGGGUCAGACUGCCGAUUUAGGAUAGAGAGAACUUUUCCCAUUGUGGCUGAGAUUAUUGGGUAAUACGUCAGAGGUCUCAAAACUCCUCUCCCCAAAUUUUUGUGAGUCUUGGUUGGGUUCUUGGCAUACCCUGUCCUUUGCUUCUGCAGAUGUGUCAUUACCAGGCCAGGGUAAUGGACCUGAAUCUACGUACCUGAUCUCUGCCUGCUACUUUGGUAUUUAAGCAUGAUACCACCUGUAUGGGACGCUUUACCUUUAAAGCAUCUUUCCUCUAAUUGGAAAGAUUGGAUGGGGAGGUGGAGGCUCCAACGAUCUCUAUUGCUGCACCCAAAACAAAAAAGCCAAAAGGAUAAUAAAUUACACUGAUGCCAUGAUGCUGUAGCAUUGAGUUUCUGACUAAAAGUAUCAACUCUUCUUUUUCACUUUGGGAGAUGGAUCAAUUUCACCAAUGAUAAAUAAAAUUAAGGAAGGAAAAAAACUGCACAAAAAUAUCUUUUUGGCUUUAUGUAGUUUACAUUAAAAAAAAAAAAAUGAAGUGGCGAGGAAGACAAAAAAUAGAAAGCCAUUCCAAUAAUAUGACUUGAAAAUAUCUCCCAUUGAAAAUAAAUAAAUAAAUAUAAAUGCCUUAGAGUUUUAACUUAAACUGUUGUUUUCUUUUUGAUUAUACUGUAUGACACAAUGUCUGAUC